UGUGCUGCCUGUUGUAAUCAAAAGUGUAAGCUGCAGUAUUUGGAAAACAAGGAAGCUCGUGUUUGUGUUGUCUGUUAUAGCAGCAUACAGAAAGCUCAAGCAUUUAAGACAAUGAUGAGUCCAACUGGUCCAAGCCCUAACCCUAAUAUCCCAUCAGAAUAUUGUUCCACAGUUCCACCUCUGCAGCAAGCUCAGGCAUCUGGCACACUCAACUCCCCUCCCCCCACUGUCAUGGUACCAGUCUCGGUACUAAAACACCCAAGAAACGAAAGCACAGGCAUCUGUUCCAGAGAAAACAGAAGGGUCUGGUUUGCAGAUGGUAUCCUGCCAAAUGGAGAAGUGGCAGACACAACAACAAUGACAGGAAGUUCAACAGUUGGAGUAGACAAGGGAGCACCAGAUGACGUGUGCCGAAUGAGUCCCAUCACGCAAGAACCAAAAAUGCUUUCGUCUAGUAGCACAGGGGAUCAAACCCAUUCUGAUGUUACAAGUCAAGUUGAUGCUUUGAGGACUGAUUCAGCUAUGACAAAGAUGGUUUUGACAAGUCUUCAAGAUGUCAAGUCUGACAUUACUUGUCGAGCAGACUAUAGAGCACUGGCUAAUGUUGGCAAGUCUGUCACAAAAGUCAUCAGCCUCAUUCCAGAUGAUGAGCAUGGUCUACCUCCCAUUAUUGUAGCAAUAGGAGAACAAGAAGACCCAGUAGUGGUGGAGGAACAUCCAUCUCAGGACCAAGCCAUGUUGCUGCUGGAGGAUGGAGGGCCUAAUCCUUUGACCUUUGUGUUAAAUGCCAAUCUUCUAGUAAAUGUGAAACUUGUGAACUAUGCUACAAAUAAAUGCUGGUGUUUUGUAUCCAAUGGAUUACAUGGUGUGGGCCAGGCAGAAGUUGUCAUUCUCUUGUUGUGCUUGCCUGAUGAAAAUGCAAUUCCCAAAGACAUCUUUAACUUUUUUAUUACACUUUAUCAGGAUGCAACUAAAGGAAAAACCAUUGGAAAUUUAGGAAAUUUUUCCUUCACUGAAAAUUUUCUAGGCAGUAAAGAUCAUGGUGGAUUCCUAUUUGUCACACCCACUUUCCAGGCACUGGCGGAUAUACUACUUCCAAAUAGCCCAUUUUUGUUUGGAGUCCUCAUUCAGAAACUAGAAGUACCUUGGGCAAAGGUGUUUCCUAUUCGACUCAUGUUAAGAUUGGGCGCAGAAUAUAAUGUUUAUCCUUGUCCUUUAAUGAGUGUUCGAUUUCGUAAAGCACUCUUUGGAGAAACGGGUCAUACCAUCAUGAAUUUGCUAGCAGAUCUUCGAAAUUACCAAUAUACUCUGCCCACAAUUGAAGGAUUAGUACUCCUUGUGGAGAUGGGGAAAAGCUCUAUUAAAAUACCAAAGAGACGGUACAAUGAGAUUAUGAAAGUAGUCACCUCCUCUAAUGAACAUGUGAUUACCAUGGGGACAUGUUUUAGUUUGGAUGCUGACUCGCACCUGGUCUGCGUACAGAAUGAUGAUACAAAUUAUCAAACACAAGCAAACACUAUUGCUGGGAAGUCCAGGAAAGUUACAGGAGCCUCUUUUGUGGUGUUUAAUGGAGCUCUGAAAACCACCUCGGGAUUUAUCGCUAAAUCCAGUAUAGUUGAAGAUGGACUUAUGGUACAAAUUACCCCAGAAACCAUGGAAAGUUUAAGACGAGCUCUAAGAGAAAAGAGAGACUUCCAAAUCAUUUGUGGAAAAUUGGAUCCAGAUGACAGAAGAGAAUUCGUAAAUAUUCAGUGGGUGGAUGGUGACGAACCUAUAAAUAAAGGUGUUUUAAGUCCCAUUGAUGGACAGUCCAUGGAAGAUGUUCCUAGCAUCAAAUUCCAGCAGGAAAAUGUAUUUGAAACGGAUGGCAUUGUUGUAAAGUGUACAGAGGUAUUCUGUUUGCAAAGAAAUCAUGAUCCUCUCAGUCCUACUAUUCCAGCUGCACAGAGUGAACUUACUGAGGAGAUUGCCAAUGCUUGCUGUGCUGCUCUGUGCCCUCAUCUAAAAGCCUUGAAAGAAAUUGGAAUAAACAAGCUGAGUCUCAGGGUCUCUUUAGAAACUGACAAGGUCGAGUAUCAAGCAGGAUCAAGGGGCCAACUUCUUCCACAACAUUACAUGAAUGACCUGGAUAGUGCUUUAAUCCCAGUAAUCCACAGUGGGAGCUCUUAUGCUAGCAGUGGUCCUCUAGAGAUGGAAUUAUUAUUCUUCGUUCUGGAAAGUCUCAUCUGAGGACAAAGGAAAGUAUGAAUUUGAUGGAUUCCUUUAGGACAGAAUUUUCCUUCGUCCCUGGAAAGAAGUAACAAAAAAAAUUGAAGCUUUCCAAAAUGUUUAUCUGCCUCCGUGAUUUCACUAAAGGAUACAAUGAUCCAUAUUACGAGCUAAUCUUUUCACACAGGUGCUGUGCUAACAUGCACACUUGGUUGCGGGUCAGUCUCCCUUCUGAAGUUAGGUUUCAUUCUUUGACAAAAUGAGUGAGUUCCCAUUCAGAAUUCAUUUGUAUCCUCACUCAGAAUCUCGACAUGAAAUCUGCUUGCUGUAAGUUAUAUGGAACUCCAAAAUUUGAUGUCUCAUUGUGGAUGUUACUUGCAGUACCGCAAACCUGGGUCAGUGGCUGGAUUGCAGUUCAAGUUCAAAAAGUCAGGUCAUUCAAUUUUUUUUUAAGUCCAGUGUUGGAGAUAGGCUGAGUAAUAAGUUAAAAGAUGGUAUAGCAGUACUUAGCAUAUCUUAACAACUGAUUAUAUUUAAUUAAAAAUGUUCUGGGUUGUAACUGAGGGAGACAGCGUAUGAUGUGCUGAAAACAACUCGGCUACAGAUGAAAUUUGAGUCAUUAUGCACGGAUUCUGUGAUCUUUAAUGGUUCCCAAAUGCUAUGGGUCCAAAGAUGGCUGAAUAAGAAAGGAAGAGAAACAAGUCAUUUUUGUUCUAAAGACUUUUACAGCAAUUUAUUUUGAGCUGAUAUUUGUGAAUAGUAAUGUAAAGCACUCAGAAUUUUGGAGCUAUUUCCCAAGAGAGUUGGCGAUUGAAAGAUGUUUCAGAGAUGUUAAUGUAUUAAAUCUAGAAGAAAAGUGAGGAACACUAGCACAUGCAUGUUUUGUACACAAUAUCUUGUGGUGGUUGGAAAUGUUGCAGAGUUUAAAAAGCACUUUAGGCUGUGCACUUCAUGUGUGUGAAAUGGCCAAGUUCUACUACAGUUGGCACCAUUUUUAUGGAGAGAAUAAAGCGAUGCAUGAGGCCAAGCUAUCAAUUGUCAUCUAGGAAAUGGUGUCAAUUACUUCAAGUUGGAGCCGCCUUCAGCCCAGUAAAGCAUAAAAUAAUGUUGACCUCUGGUAACAGCUUAGGUAUAAAAAUCUCCUAACUAGUAUUUCUUUAAAAUAGUUAAGUGUCCCACUUGAAGUAUGAUCCAUCCAGUGAGCCAUAACAGGAGUUCUGAACCAAAUCACAUUCUGCUUUGGUAUAUUUCAUGUGUCUGACAUUCCAAUGUGAGGAUAUGAACCUGCAAAAAGAAUUAUGUUAAUGACCUUUAUGUAUAUUGACUAACUUUUUUAUAACAAAUGGAAAUUUUUCAUAGAUUUGUUUAUGAAAGAUAUACACUCUCUGAAUAUGCAGUAACAUACAGUGACUUUAUGACUGCGGCUUAAACUUUCAAGAUUGCUUGAAUCAAUUGAAAGUAUUUCAAGCAUAUUUAUCUUUCGUACUUUUUUUAUUAGUUUUAUAAAAUGGGGGCAAAAGUUAUAGUUUCAAAUAGAAUUUAAUCAAUUUGAGAACAUUUGUGGUAUGUUAAAUCAGUUUAACAUUAAGGUUUAUGAACAGUUAAUAAAAAACAGGCAAUACAUAGACUUUUAGGUACAGUCGCUGUAUUCUUGAGUCUGUAUUGGUAUUUAACUAAUGUUAGAAAUGUGCAAUUUCCCUACCAUAGGACUUGUGGACCUAUACUCCUUUGAGUCUCUGAAAAGUGUUAAAAUGUAUAAUUUCUUAUUGUAGGUUUUAUAUUCAGUUAAAUGUCUGUAGAAUCACUAAUACCUGUCUUUGAAAAUAUAAUGUUUUGCUUUUUACUGCCAAUGCACAGGGAAAGAUGUGUCUGCACUUGCCAUUCAAACCUCUUCAAUGCUAUGUGCUUGAAAGGUUAAAGUAAUAAAAUGUGCUCCGCAUAACGGGUGCAUCAGGUAACUUUUUUUCUGUAAACAAAAUCAAAUUAGAGUGCCCUUAAAUGCUGAGUUUUAAAACAUGUUGAUCUGCAUUUUGUAAAAUGAUAAAUCAUUAAUUUCCUGCAUAUUUUUAUUUAUAUGUACCCAUGUAUAUUUAUGAUGGAAAAUAAAUCACUAAAAAAUUAA